AUGCACACAGAGAGGACGAAUGAAGAUUUGGUUCCAGUGCUCGAGAAUGAGUACAAGUCCGAAACUGUGAUUGUUUCCAUGAAUAAUGACCAUCAUGAGUUGAACUCAAAAAAAAGGAAGACCGAAUGGUUGCAUGAUGAUACUCGUGGAAAAGCAGGCGAUGAAAAUAAUGAAGCAAUUUCAACCGAAAAUUUGGAAAUGAAAUCAUCAUCCGGUGUUAUGGUUGACUCUUUAAAAAGAUCUGGUGAUUUUGUAGUGCUAUAUCAAGAUCAAGAUGUAGUCAUUAUUGAUAAGCCAAGUAAUUUGAGAAUUUAUGCAAGUCAGCACUAUUCGGGAGAUACUGUGGAAAAAUUAGUGCAAAUUCAAUUUUCUCAAAUGCUUCAUCGGAAACAAAACGAGGAAUUAUCAUCUACCGAAGAAGCCCAUGAAAAACAUCAUCAAAAUUCAAAAAAGAGAAAAUUUGAAAAGAAAUUAACAACAACAAACGAAAGAAAAAUUCGAUUUCCACAUCGAUUAGAUAUGGCCACCUCUGGCGUCUUGUGCAUGACAAUGACGAGAGAGUCCUGUGCCGCUUUGAGUCAUAGUUUUGAACAAAAAUCAUCUCGAAAAUUCUAUUUAGCCCUUCUUCAUGGACAUUUCAAAAUGAAUGAAAUUCUAGAGAAUGAAACACUGAAAAAUAAUGUGAAAACGAUUGUUAAUAAUGGUGAAUGGCUUGAAAUUAAAUCUUUUAUUGGACGAGACGAUGGAAGUGAUAGCACAAUUUCUGUAGCAGAUAAAACCAAUGAAUCGGCUGCACCAGAAGAUGACGGCGAGUAUGACCCAGCUGGGAGAGGUUAUGUCAUGAAACAAUAUCUCACACCACCACUAGAGGACCAAUCUCGAAAAAAGGUUCAUGCUACCAAACAGGAACGACAACAACACAAUUUUAGAGAAUCUUUGAGUCAUUUGAAAAUUCUUAGUUAUGGACAUCUUUGUAAUGGUGAGCCCGUCACAAAGGUCUUACUUCGACCUGUCACUGGAAGAAAGCAUCAACUUCGGUUACAUACCUCUCUGUUAGGCCAUGCCAUCGUUGGCGAUGAAUUGUAUGGUGGAGAUAUUCAAUCAAAAAGUAUGCAAACUCAGCAACUGAACGAUAACAACGAACACAACCAAAAUGAUAAUACUGAGAUCAAAAAGGGUGGUGUUGGUGAAAAUAAUGAUCAACAACAACACACUCAAUUGAAUCGAUUAAUGCUUCAUGCCUAUCAUUUAUACAUUCCCAUCAUGAAGGAAUAUUUGAGAACUAUUACCCACAAUGCAGGACAAAUCAUUUCAGGGAAAAGAAUCAUUUCUGUGACCACAGGUAAUCCAUUUCAAAAUGUCUAUUGUGAGGAUACGGUUGUGUUGCCUGAAAGUGAGUUGCUGAACUCAGAUAGUUAA